GCCAAUCAGGCGGAGCCUCUGUGUCAGUUACAUUAGUGGCCACGGCCAGCUGGGGAGGUGCAGGCGGCGCGCGCUUCUCUCCGUUUCUCUCGCGGGCGGGGGGAGGGGCAGGGAGGGGGGUCGCGAGCCGGGAUCCUGGUGCGCGGGUGCGCGCGCGCGCGCGCCCUCGCUCUGCGGGUUCGGGACCGGACCAUGGCGUUAACGGCCACUCGGCGGCCCUGGGCCCUGCUGUGCCUGGUGGCCGCGCUGCUUUUCCCCGGGGCGGCCGCAUUACAAUGUUAUUGCCAUCUCUGUACAAAAGACAACUUUACAUGUGUGACAGAUGGGCUCUGUUUUACCUCAGUAACACGGACUGUGGACAAAGUCAUACACAAUAGCAUGUGUAUAGCAGAAAUUGAUCUGAUUCCCCGAGACAGGCCAUUCGUUUGUGCCCCCUCCUCCAGAGAUGGAGUUAUUACUUUGCCUCAUUGCUGUGACAAAGACCACUGCAAUAAAAUAGAGCUUCCAAUUCCAACACCAGGCCCAACUCCAGGAAAACCUGCUUCUAAUCUAGGACCUGUGGAACUGGCAGCUGUCAUUGCUGGACCUGUCUGCUUCGUCUGCAUUUCACUAAUGUUGAUUCUGUAUCUUUGUCAUAAUCGUACUGUAAUUCAUCACCGCGUACCAAGUGAAGAAGAUCCCUCAUUAGAUCGUCCCUUCAUAUCAGAAGGAACUACUUUAAAAGAUUUAAUUUAUGAUAUGACAACUUCAGGCUCUGGGUCAGGUUUACCUUUACUUGUGCAAAGAACAAUUGCAAGAACUAUAGUACUUCAAGAAAGCAUUGGUAAGGGCCGCUUUGGAGAAGUCUGGCGAGGAAAGUGGAGAGGAGAAGAAGUUGCUGUGAAGAUAUUCUCUUCAAGAGAAGAACGCUCGUGGUUUCGUGAGGCAGAAAUUUAUCAAACAGUUAUGUUACGGCAUGAAAACAUUCUUGGAUUUAUAGCUGCAGACAAUAAAGACAAUGGUACCUGGACUCAGCUGUGGUUGGUGUCAGACUACCAUGAGCAUGGAUCACUCUUUGAUUACCUGAACAGGUAUACAGUGACUGUGGAAGGAAUGAUAAAAUUAGCUUUGUCUACUGCCAGUGGCCUCGCACAUCUUCACAUGGAAAUUGUUGGCACACAAGGAAAACCCGCAAUUGCCCACAGAGAUUUGAAAUCAAAGAAUAUAUUGGUAAAAAAGAAUGGAACAUGCUGCAUUGCAGAUCUAGGAUUGGCCGUAAGACACGAUUCAGCUACGGACACCAUUGAUAUUGCCCCAAACCACAGAGUGGGAACAAAAAGGUACAUGGCUCCUGAAGUUUUAGAUGAUUCCAUAAAUAUGAAACACUUUGAGUCAUUCAAGCGAGCAGACAUCUAUGCAAUGGGAUUAGUAUUUUGGGAAAUAGCUCGGCGAUGUUCAAUUGGUGGAAUCCAUGAAGAUUACCAGUUGCCAUACUAUGACCUCGUCCCUUCAGAUCCUUCAGUUGAGGAAAUGAGAAAAGUUGUUUGCGAGCAGAAGUUAAGGCCCAAUAUUCCAAACAGAUGGCAGAGCUGUGAGGCAUUACGAGUAAUGGCAAAAAUCAUGCGGGAAUGCUGGUAUGCCAAUGGAGCUGCUAGGCUAACAGCUUUGCGCAUUAAGAAAACAUUAUCACAACUUAGUCAACAGGAGGGGAUAAAGAUGUAAUCCUGGAUUUGCUACUGAGGAAUACUGUAAAAAUCUGUAUCCGCACCAGGUGGCGUGUUAUGAAGGUUAAUUGUUCUACCUCAUUGAGGGAACAGAAGGAUAUUGCUGCCUUUUAAUACUUCAUAGGAGCAUCACUUGUUAGCCCCAGGAUUUUUGUGGACAUGCUGAACAGUUGUGUUGGGUCCUUUCUGUGCACUAUGAACACCUCUUUUCCAGGAUACUUAAAAACUAUUGCGUAGUCUAGUUUUAUUUUUUUAUUAACCUGUAACUUCUUAUUUGGAAAGCUGAUAGCUGGUCUUAACUUCUAGCUAACUGUGCUAAAAAUAUGAAGAUCACUUCUAAAAUGGAACUGGUUCACUAAAUUGUUCUGGAGUGCAUCGAUGGCUCUUAAGCAACUUUAGUCCUGGCUGGUACAUUGAGUAUUCUGAACCACUGUCAUAGUUCUUUAAUUCAGAUUUUGAAUGUACUAUUGCAGUAUAUUCUGCUAGCUAUAAGAUUGUAUAUCUUUUGGAUUCUUACCUUGAUUUACAAAAUGACCUCAUUCAUUUGUGGGGAACAUAAUUUAUGCAACUAUACUUUCUACAUGCUUACUGUUUUUAUUUCUUCACUUUUUCAGAGCAUUACAUUGCCUUCAAAAUAGACUGUAUUAUACCACUAAGUGCCGCUUUUCAGUCUUUUUAAUGCAAAACAGUAGGAACAUGCAAAGCCUAUGGUACUUGUGGUUUCCAAAUUACAAGUUCAAAAGUCAAUUAUUCAUUUGCUUAGCUAAGACCUAAUUCAAACUCUUUUCAGCAAGUGAGUACAUAAUUCUCAAUGUCUUUAAUUUUACCAAAAUCUGUUUCUUUAAACCACUGUAGGAGUUUUAAAUAGUGUAAGCUAGUUAGUUCACUGUCAUAUUUUUGUAAUCGUCAAGUCAUGAGUUAUAAUUAUAUAUGACUUUUUAUCAAGUGGUACUUUUAAAAUGCUUGAAGUGCCCUUGUCUACUUAAGAGAAGUAGCAAGAGGACUAAAACGUUCUUAAGGGAGAUUGUGCUCCUUUAAAUCAAUUGUGGAAAGUAUAUCUUCUGCUCAGCUCUGCAGAGUCUCUAGGCUUACAGAACAAUAUUUGCAAUUGAAGAUUAAGUGCAUCUGUAAUUAGGGAGAAUUUUAUUUGGGCUUUUGUGCUAGAAAGUUCAAAGCUGCUCAUAGAGUUUAUAUGCACAUACUUUGUGUGUGCCUCAUACACAAAGUGGUGACCUGCAGGUCUUUGAUACCAGAGGAUUUCAGCAAUCUUCUUCAUAGUUACAAGAACAAAGCUUAUGGUGGCUUGUGUUGUCAUAAGAACCCAGAAGAAUAUGCAUAGCUUUAGUCCAGAUUUGCCUGAGAAUUUAAGAAGACUUUGGCAACCUUGUUCAUAAAUUGAAUUGCUUCCUGCCCAAAUGUACAACAUCCAGGGAGGAGCAGGGCAAUUCACAUGGAAAAUCUUAAGUCUGCAGUCUCCAGGGUAUAUAAAUAUAUAUGUUUGAAUUGCAGUAUUAGGAAGAGUCUAGUUGACCUUUGAUUUCAUUAAUUUCCAAAAAAGUCAUUUGGAUUUCUGUAUUUAUAUGUGCCUGGUAACUAACAUGCCACCUAACGGUUAACCACCUACUCUCCAGAACACAUCACUACACAUCCUACUAUCCAAGUAACUAUUAAGUAACCUUAAUUCUGUGUGUGUGUGUGUGUGUGUGUGUGUGUGUGUGUGUUAAAUGCUUCAGCAUAAAGUACUUCAAGAAUUUUUGACAAAGCUAGUAACUCUGGCAAGAGUAUCAUUUGGUAAAGGGCUGUUAGCAGUAAGGAUUGUUUCUUGGUCUGUGGUACAUGGUUGCUGGAGCAAUAAGAUGGAUAGGUUUUAGUAAGAAGAGGCUACAGAGGUGGCAUAAGGCGUAUGUUCAGGCUGUAUAGGUAUAGCAGCCAAAGCAGUUCAUAACACUCAUAUGUUUCCAAAUUCUUAACACAUGCUUGGAGAUGGAUUUAAAUGAUGUGGGAAUAAUGGACCUGCAGAGGUUGAACUGUACGUAUUGAAAUACUUUAUUCAACCACCAUUAUGGAUGAGUUUACUCAUGCUGGAAGAUGGCACCUGCAGAGGAAAGAAAGAAAAAAAAUUCUUAGUAGAAAACAAUUGAGUUUAAACAUCUGUACAGCUGUCAGGUUUAUAUUUGUUCUGCAUUAUCUGGCCAGUCAGGCUCGCUUGCUUCAGGUCUCCAUCGGAGUUGGAAGUUGACUUUGUGCAGGUAUUUUUAAAUAGAGUAAACUAUACCUUUGUGUAACUGGACAGUCAAGGUGUGCACCACCGUUUUUUCAGUUAUGACUGACUGAGAAAUGAUUAAGUGCAUCCAAACUCCCAUUGGCAUCCUUCUCUGAGAAGCUGUGUGUAUCUAGACAAAUAUUUAAAGAAAACACUUCAGCACGGAAGUAGAAUUUACUGUAGUAAAAUAUAGCCUCAUGCUAAUUUCAAAAAUUUCCUAUUUAAAAAAAAACUUGGUAACUUUGUUAAAUUCUGAGGUUUUCCAUAGGUGUACCUGUUUCUUCACCAUAGAUACAAAUAGUAUAAGUCAUAUUUUACAAAUGUCAGGCUACCAGUAUGCUUCCAGUCUUUAUAACAAUCUCAGUGGUGACAUGGGAGUCUUCAGUAAUUCAUCAAAUUUCAUUACUGUUUUUUAGCAACUACAAAAUCUUAUCACAAUGUUCAGUCUUCUAAUAUAUAACAAGCAGCUCUAAUGCAUUUAAAAGAGAAUCUAAGGCAGUUGAACAGCAUCAUGACGUGCAGAUUACUUCUAUCAACUAUACAGUAAUUUGUUGCACCUACUAGUUGCACCUACAAGUGCACCUACUAGUCUUCAUUCUCCUGAGUUGAUAGUAACUAUUCGUAUGCUGUUCUAAUUCUUAACCUUGUAAUAGCACCUUGCAAAAACAAAGCUCACAAAGGAGGCUUGAUACAAUGUGUGACUUUAUGAAAAUUAUUUUGGGACAACCUUAUUAUUCACACUGAAAUGCAGAACAGGAAAAUUCUGAAUAGAGCUGUAUGUAUCCUCAGUUCUGACACCACAACUUAAAGCUUUGUUCUUUUCCAUUAUAGAAACUGAACACCUUUUUACAAAGGGGUGUGUCUGUAUAUAUUAUGUAACUUUAAAUGUUACCUGUGUAAUAUCAUAUCUUAUAUAUAUGGACACAGGUACACAUAAGUAUUUUUUAAAUUAAGAUUCUAAUAUCACCAGAUCUGCUCUUGGAAAUCCAGGGGGACCAAAAUAUUUUAGCAUUCAAAAUAUUAAUUUUAUAUCAUUUCAAGUGUAUACCAAAACAAUUUCUGAUGAAUACUGAUGCAAAUGUUUGUUGUAAAUAUGAAUGCAUUUUACAUUCACUCAAGUUUCAUGGAUUUAAUCAAUUUGACACUAGUAGCACUGAUGCCUCAGUUCAGUUUACAGGCUUGUGACUGGGUGGAUAUGGACAUGAUGAAUAAGGAAUGUUGGAAAUGAUCUGAUGCUGAAAAGCUUGAAAUGUUUUUGGAAUGCUGGAAUUCUUCAGGGACCUUCCAACCUUAAAAGCUAGAGUUCUGGGAUGCUUCUCAAGCUGACUCUCCAAGCAUGGCACACUUACACCCUCAAAUGGUCCCACUUGUAAUCCUGAAAAAGACUAUGUAUAUAGGAUAAAGACUUUGGGACUGAUUCUGUAGGGACGUGAAAGUGUCAGAAUAAGAGGCUGUUUUUUUUCAUAAUUGUUCUGAGAGUGAUUGCCAUGAAAUUCACCUUUUAGUUAGCUCCUUGUCUAUACUGUGCCAUUGAAAUGAUUACAAGUUGUUAAUCAUUUUGUGUAAAAGAAAACAUCACCAUAUCAGUUGCUUUAAACUCAAAUUACCUCUUAAAAGACCAAGGUACAUUUACCUCGUGUAUAUAAUGCUUAAUAUUUUUCAAAACAUUCUCCAGGUUUGCAGUUAUGUGUUCCUAGAAAUAUGGGUAUACUAAAUUUACAACUUCAGUGGUACUAAAUGUAUUAUCUGGUGCCCUAAAACACAUCCAUUUUCUGUUUUUUAUUGUAUUACUGCAAGUUUGCUGCUUUGUCAUUGUAGCACCUGCCCUUCCAUAGCUGUGUGGAUACUACCUUGUAUAAACUUUAUUUCUUGGAUGAUAAAUUUGAGGAUCCUGUACAGAUGAGUGUCACUUUUUUAAAUUUUACAAAAUUGUGUAUUUCCCCUUACAUUUCUGAAAACAUGUAUUGUAUUUGUAGAGUAUACACUUCAAUGGAUUGUAAAUAGACAGUUAGCGAUGCUUAUGUUAAGUGCUAACACUACAGUAGAGAAAUUAAAGCAGUAAAAAUAAA